AUGAUCAAAUUUGACUGUAAUUUUUUGAAGUGCUCUCGCCAUCGUUUCAGCUUGCUUGCGAUCCGUCAAGAGAAGAACGUUCUCGUUAAUCAAGCCGAUGAACAUUUCUAUAUUCUCUGUCUGGCGAUAGAGGGCCUUUGCGAGUCGGUAAACGUAUCGCUUGCCACCGCAAGACCCGAGUUUCUUAUUAAGACCGUCAUAAUGAACCGCCUUCCCAGAAGUAACGACCUUCUUCGCCUCUUUCCUUGCUAUCUCGAAGCGCUGCCAGUUGUCAACUAUCUUUUCGAUAAGAAAUGCGUGGCGCUGCUUUUUCUUCCCACGUACUUUCUCUCUGACAUGGUUCGUCAACAGCCAUGUUUGCUUGUCAACCUUUCGCCGUACAGGCUUGGUCAUGCCGAGCUCCGAUCGCGCUACGAGGCUUCGGCAGCUCCCUUCCAAGUUUCGUCUAAGAUCGUUACCGUCCCAGCGGCAUCCAUUGGAAGAACGGACAUCACCACCCACCGCCUUACCACAGAAUUCGAAUUAUUCUUCAAAAAAAAGUUAUGGGGCAAAACAGAGACUAAAACGCACAAAUAG